ACCGGAAGUGCCCGGAUUUGGGAGACGGCCGGAAGUGGAGGGAGGGGCUAAGAGCGGAGGAAGAACAAUGGCGACUGCGGCACAUCGGAGUAGUUGACGGAGCGUCUCCGUUCGCAGGCGGCGCGGUAACCCGGUGGCCCCUCCACACGGGUUUAGGAGCUGUUGCUGUGGACGGAGAGACGGGGACGUGAGCGGCCAUCUGCUCAGUGUGCGGGCUGAGCUUCGAGCAGCUGAGCUUCGGUGGAGGACCGCAUAAUGGGGCGCAACAAGGAGAAGCGUUAUGAGUGUGACGUGUGUGGCAAGGCCUGGCAGUGCCCGAGCUGGCUGGAGGCCCACCGGCGGUUGCACACGGGAGAACGCCCCUUUGACUGCUCCGACUGCGGCAAGAGCUUCAAUCAUAUGUCGGCGCUGCAGGUGCACCGGCGCCUGCACACGAGUGAGAAGCCCUAUGACUGCUCCACCUGCGGCAAGAGCUUUACCCAGUUGUCGGGGCUGCAGGGGCACUGGCGGGUGCACAGCGGUGAGCGGCCCUACACCUGCAGCGACUGCGGCAAAGGCUUCAAGUCGUCGUCGCACCUGAAGGUGCACAGGCGCCUGCACACCGGGGAGCGGCCCUACACCUGCAGCGACUGCGGCAAGGGCUUCUCCCGCUCGAGCCACCUGCUGGUGCACCAGCGCACCCACACCGGCGAGCAGCCUUACACCUGCGCACAGUGUGGCAAGGGCUUUACCCAGUCCUACAACCUGCUGGUGCACCAGCGCACCCACACCGGCGAGCGCCCCUACACCUGCACCCAGUGCGGCAAGGGCUUCACCCAGUUCAGCAACCUGCUGUCCCACCAGCGGGUGCACGCCAGCGACCGUCCCAGCCCCAGCCCUGUGUGUGGAGAGCGCUUUGCCAUGGCCUCCCAUGACCUAUCUCACCAGCGCGAGCGGCUGGUCCCACUGCGGCAAACAUUUCAAGAGUGCACGGGGGCUGCGGGAGCACCAGCGGAUACACACUAGAGAAAGACCCUUUGAGUGCGCUGAGUGUGGCAAGGGUUUCACCCACAUGUCCAGCCUGUGGCAGCAAUGGCGUACCCACAGC